AUGUUGUUCAACAACGGCAUGUUUUACCCAUCUGAGGAGUUUGCUUCCGAGAGGUCCGAAACAAACUAUGAAGCAACCACCACUAUCGUCGAGAAGCAGCAGCCCAGCAGUCCGGAAGCUCCUUCCACUGACCUGGUUGUCUCCGGAGAAAGUAGCUCCGAGGAGGUUAUGAUGAGUCUACGCGGAGGUGGUGCCGCCGAGUCGUAA